ACGACGCGUACGGUAUUGCCAAAACAAAAAAAUAAAAAUGUUCAUUACGAAUAUUACAUUGUUGUUAUGCUCUUUGGGCAUAGCGACAAGUCAGCGCCUGCUGGAGUCGAGCGACUCUGGGUACUCAAGACGAGGCACGGGCGGUUACGGAUUGUUAAGACCUGGUUAUGAUGGAUAUAAUAGCGGAUACGGCGGUAGUUAUGGCAGUGGAUAUGGAAGUGGGUAUGGCAGCGGAUAUGGCAGCGGAUAUGGCAGCGGUUACGGCAGCGGCUAUGGCAGCGGAUAUGGUGGUGGCAGCUACCCUGGCCAGUUACCGGGCUAUGGAGGCGGUUAUAACGGGUAUCCCGGGGGAUAUGGCGGUUAUGGAUCGGGGUACCAGGGUUAUGGAGGAUAUCGUCCCGGCUACAGACCCGGUUCUGGCCAUGACUACCGUCCCAGCUACAAUUACCCCGGUGGCAGCACCGGUUACCCUGGCGGCAGCUCUGGUUACCCCGGCUACCGACCUAGCUACCAGUACCGACCAAGUUAUGACCGUCCUUACUCCGGAUACAACAGUAAUUACCUCGGCGGUUAUGAAGGUUACGACAAUUUCAGAGUCUUAACACGAAGAGCGGGUGAAGUGAAAAAGGGUGAUACUGUUUAAGAAUAUUAAGAUAUUUAGAUAUUAUUUAUGUAUAAAUUG